AUGGAGAAGAGAAAGCAUAAGGUUCUCGCAAGUGGUGCAAAGCAAGCUCCUUUUAAUGAAGACAUGAAGGCUUUUAUGACACAGUUGUUUGAGCACAACUUCUCUGGAAUGGAACAAAGGAUACAGAAACAGAUGGCCGAGACAUUUGAGCAGAUGCGGACAGAGCUUAAACAAUCACGUAAGGAAGCCAGCGUUGAAGUUGAGCUUGGAGAGCCUUCACCGACAAAGCCAUCGACGAGCCAGGCACCGUUGAGGAGGUCCACACGCGGGGAUGGUUCCGAGACUACAUUCGAUGUGAAUUAUAGUGAAGCAGAUGAUAUGGGUCGCGGGAUAGGUACGCAAGGGGUUGAAGGGCUUUCUCAGACGUCGUAUGUGCCAGGCUUUGAUCCAUCUCAGGACAAAAAAGAAGAAGACUGGUGGACUCCAAUGACUUCGGUCCGAGGUUCAGUGGAUAAUCCAGUAAAGAAAGAAAAGACAGAGAUGAAUACAGCUCCACCGCCGUCACAGUGGGAGAAAUGGUGCAAAAGAAAAGGUCAUGGACUUCAGCUUAGCGAUUCACCAUUGCCAGAAGAUGCUUCUCCGCAGGCGUCACUUUAUUAUAUCUCCGAAGAGUCAUGGAAAGGAUUCACGGAAUGGGCAUUAAAGCCUAUACCUUUAACAAUUGGUCCUACAUGCUUUAAUUUGUCUGUAGCUACAAGAGUAGUAAGUGCUGGAAAAUGGCUUGGAAACGAGGAGAUGGAUGCGGUUAUGUUUAUAUGGCGUGUGAACACUACAUUGAAUCGUUGGGCCCCUCGCCGUGUUGCUUUCAUGAGUGCUAUGUUUUGCCUCCAAGUAGACGCUGCAUACAAGAAGUUUUUACCAAACAAAAAAGCCUAUCAAUUGCCUGAUUUCCUUCUUGGGUACGGCAGAGGAGAGCUUCCAUCUCAUGGGCAGACUGAUCUAGUUUGGGGUGUUGAUGUUGAUCGACUCUACUUUCCUCUGUUUGUAAAUGGUAAUCACUGGGUUGGUGUCUGUGUAAACAUCAUUGAAAGAAAAGUGGAAGUCUUUGAUUGCGGUCGGGGAAAGAACAGACAGUACGUUGAGAAGUUUGCUGCUAUCAUUCCUAGGAUAGUGAAGUCCGUUGCACCACAAGAAAGACAGAAGCAGCUACUCCUCUCAUCAUAUUCUAUCGUGGAUGUGCCUAUGAAGUUGAGAUUGAACAAAAGUUGUUGUGAUUGCGGUGCAUACGCUCUGAAGCACUUGGAAUGCUCGCUGCUUGGUCUUGACGUCAGUUUAGUGGAUGAUGAAAUCAUUAUGGGUUGUAGACAGAAGAUUGGAGUGGACUUAUGGGAGGCUGCACACGACCCCAUCUUUGCUGAGGUUAUGACACGAUAUGUGCCUUCACCAUGGGAGAGGUCUGAGGUCUUUGACCUCGAGGAUGAUUGA